AACAGGGAGGAUCUGGGGAAUUGGUGGCGUCCGGGCCGAGAAGCGCUAGAAAGAAUGGGUCUGCCCUGAGAGUCCGGAGAGUCACUGUGUUCUCUACGGAAAGUGAAGUAACGAGGGGGAAAAGUGAAGCAAUGGGAGGUGCUGGAUGUCGGCUGUAAAAAACAAAACAAAACAAAACAAAACAAAAAAACACACAGAAAAAGUAGCGGGGAAGGGGGAAAGGGCAGGCGUCUGCGGGAGAGAAGGGAGAGAAGAGUGGACCCUGAAAAUGGGAGGCAGUCCACUCUAUAAAGAGUGUGUGUGUGUGUGUGUGUGUGUGCGCGCGCGCGCACGCGCGCCCCCCCUAGAGGAGGCAGGCUGUUGGGGGGUCCGGUCUAUGAUUGCAUGGUGGAUGGAGGGUCUACGGUGGAAAUGGGCGGGGGCCUCUUCUGUGGGGGAAUAGUAGAAGCGGUCUACAAGACGGAUAAGUGCGGGAGGUAGAGAUCUACAAGGGAAUAACGUCUGCCCUGAAAUAACUAGGGGAGGCUCUACCUUGGAAGUGGAGGCUGGACCAUGGGAACCCCAAAGCCGCGGAUCCUGCCCUGGCUGGUGUCGCAGCUGGACCUGGGGCAGCUGGAGGGGGUGGCCUGGCUGGACGAGAGUCGCACGCGCUUCCGCAUCCCUUGGAAGCACGGCUUGAGGCAGGAUGCCCAGCAGGAGGACUUCGGCAUCUUCCAGGCGUGGGCAGAAGCCAGCGGUGCCUACACUCCUGGAAAGGAUAAACCUGAUCUGCCCACCUGGAAGAGGAACUUCCGAUCCGCCCUGAACCGGAAGGAGGGGUUGCGUUUAGCCGAGGAUCGGAGCAAGGACCCCCACGACCCGCACAAGGUCUAUGAGUUUGUGAUCUCAGGAGCUGGGAACCUUCCUGAGUUGGACACCUCUCCGGACACCAAUGGCAGAUGCAAUACCUCGGAUACCCAGGAAGACAUACUAGAGGAGUUACUGAGUGACAUGGUCUUGGCCCCAUUGCCAGAUGGGGGGCCCUCGAGCCUGGCUGUGGUCCCUGAGCAGACCCCUCCAUUCUUACUGAGCCCCACCAUAGACAUCCCUGCUCCCUGCCCAAACUCGGUGCUCCCUGAAAACCCCCUGAGGCGGCUCUUGGUGCCUGAGGAACAGUGGGAGUUCGAGGUGACUGCCUUCUACCGGGGCCGCCAAGUCUUCCAGCAGACAGUCUUCUGCCCGAGGGGCCUGCGGCUGGUGGCAUCAGAAGCAGGGGAUGGGACGCUGCCUGGACAGCCAAUAAUACUGCCAGACCCUGGGGUGUCGCUGACAGACAGGGGCGUGAUGGGCUACGUGAGGCGUGUGCUGAGCUGCCUGGGCGGGGGACUAGCUCUGUGCAGGGCAGGACAGCGGCUCUGGGCCCGGAGGCUGGGGCACUGCCACACAUACUGGGCCUUGGGUGAGGAGCUCCUCCCUGACAGCAGUCAUGGGCCCAGCGGCGAGGUCCCCAAGGAUGAGGAAGGAGACGUGUUCGACCUGAGGCCCUUCAUGUCAGAUCUGAUUGCCUUCAUCGAAGGAAGCCGACACUCACCACGCUACACCCUCUGGUUCUGCGUGGGGGAGCCAUGGCCCCAGGACCAGCCGUGGACCAAGAAGCUCGUGAUGGUCAAGGUUGUUCCCACAUGCCUCAGGGCCCUGCUGGACAUGGCACGGUCAGGGGGCGCUUCCUCACUGGAGAACACUGUCGACCUGCACAUUUCCAACAGCUACCCACUCACUCUCACCUCAGACCAGUACAAGGCCUACCUCCAGGACCUGGUUGAGGACAUGGAUUUCUAGGCCACUAGGGAGGUCUGACCCCUCACCCCUCCUCCUCCUGCCUUCACCUUAGCCAAUAAAGUAUUUCUUGCUACUAUCA